AUGGAAUCAUCUUCGACGCUUUCCAGUGUUGCACGAUUCUAUAACCACAACAACCCUUCCAGCGCAUCCAUGUCCUCCAAAGUCAGCAAGUCCAGUGCGUGGCGAAAACAGCAACAACAGACUGAAAAGAUCUUGGAUAUCGGCAAACCUACACAGUUCGAGCAUGGCAUCCAUGUCGAAUACAACAGGGAUAAUGGCAGAUAUAUGGGAUUGCCCGAUGUAUGGCAGAACACGUCGUUGCCAAGUGACGAUAUCCUGGAUACAAAUUACAUAACCCCACACCUCGUACCUCAGUCCGCGGAUUCUCGACGUAAAUAUAAUAUUAGUAAUAGCAGCAGUAACCAUCCUAAUCGCCAUAAAUCACUAAAGAAGUCACCCUCUGUCAUUGGAAAACCAUACAAUAUCCAGCACAACGUACACGUUCAAAUCGACACAGCAGGAAACGGUUUAAUCGGAUUACCCGAAGAAUGGCAACGAAUUCUAACAGCUUCUGGUGUUCCCGACGAAGUUGUUAUCGCACAUCCAAAAACAGUGGAAAACUUGAUGCAAGUACGAAUGCCGGAUUCGCUGCAAGCUAAGCAAAUGCUUCCUGACUCGCCGCAUUCGCCCCAUGAAAGUCGAAACAGUCCAGAUCCUAAUCAUCGUCAGAAGCUACCUGUGGGAUACGCACCACCCACGCGAGCAAGGUCCUCAAAACUACUACAAUUGCCCAACUUGACACGAAAUAACUCCCUCACCGCACCACCACCACCAACAACAACUCUCGCUACUACUCCCCCACCGCUUGUUAGUGAUGACGCUCUUGAUGAUAUUAUCGAAAAUGCAGAUCCGAAUACCGUGUAUGAUGACUUUGUACUAAUCGCUGAAGGUGAAUCCGGACCUAUGUAUGCUGCAAAACAUAUUGCAACUAACCGACUGGUUGCCAUUAAAAAGAUCAGCAAAACCGCUAAACAGAAAUUGAGCACAAUCCGAAAUGAAUUAACCACCAUGAAAAUGAGCCGUCAUCCCAACGUCGUCGAAUAUAUUGGCUGUUAUUCUACUGAGGACGAAAUCUGGGUUGUUAUGGAAUGCAUGGAUGUAUCACUCGCGGAUAUUAUUGCCGUCAACAUGGAAAAUGAAAGCACAGACCAGAUUGUUCGGGAAGCAAUCAUGGCACGUAUCGCACGAGAUCUUUUGCGCGCUUUAUGUCGGAUCCAUCGGUUACAUCGAAUUCAUCGUGAUAUUCGUAGCGAUAAUGUAUUGCUCAACCUGCGUGGCGAAGUCAAACUUUCCGAUUUCAGUCAUUGUGCCCAAUUGACCAAACAGCAGCCCAAACGCAACUCCAUUAUCGGAACACCCUAUUGGAUGGCACCUGAAGUGAUCAAAGGACAGGAAUAUGAUGCAAAGGCAGAUAUUUGGAGCUUGGGUGUACUGAUCAUGGAAAUGAUGCAAGGUGAUCCACCUUACGUGGAGUAUCCACCUCUGCGUGCCGUCUUUUUAAUCGCUUCAAAUGGACUGCCAACUUUACCUGAGCCGGAUCGAUGGUCUACAGAGCUCAAAGAGUUUGUCCAGUUAUGUACCAUGACCGAGCCCGCCGACCGGCCGGAUGCUGAUGGGUUACUAAAGCAUCCUUUCUUGUCAAACGUGGCAAAUACCGAAGAAAUGGUGGCUUUAAUUGAAGAAACCAGAAAAUUGGAAUUACUACGAAAAGAAGACGACGAAGACGAAGAAGAAUGCGAUAAUGAUGACGAAGAUGAUGAUGUAGACGCCACGGUUCAAAACCUUGCUAUUAUCGAUCCUUGA